AUGUCGAAAGCUGUCGUUAAGACGACCUUCGAGGCGUCUAAGACCCUCCGUCCCAUCUACACCGGAGGCAGUACUGCGCUGGAUGCCACUGGCCGUUUGCUGGUGGCUUGUAUAGGUGAAGAUGCUCUGAUUGUUGAUUUGGAGACAGGCGAUCAGCUUGCCACCCUUGAAGGCGAUGGGGAAAUUAUCACCAGUCUAGCCAUUACUCCGUCCGCUUCUCAUGUCGUUGUCUGCUCACGUUCCAUGUCAAUGCGCAUCUACUCCCUCACACCGUUCGAUGAAUCGUCCCCCGGUCUCGAGGCGGAACUGCAGCGAACCCUAAAGCCUCAUACUGCGCCUGUUGUUACGACGGCAAUUGAUCCCACCGGCACGCUCUUGGCAACUGGCGCUGCCGAUGGUUCGAUUAAGGUCUGGGAUAUUAGAGGCGGUUAUGUCACACAUACAUUCCACGGGCAUCGAGGCGUUAUAUCGGCACUCUGCUUCUUCCAGGUCCCAUCGCCAGAGGAUUCCAAAUCCUCCUCUAAGAAAAAGAAGACGAGGUCGGACGACAGCGAUGAUGAGGAGAUGGAAGAUCCUGGAGCUGUCUCUGUUGGAAGCUUCCGCCUGGCAUCAGGUAGCGAAGAGGGCAAAGUUCGGGUGUGGGAUUUGAACAAGAGGAAGUCUAUCGCCUCAAUGGAGUCUCAUGUUUCAGUGGUCCGGAGUCUGUCGUACUCUCCGUCUGAGAAUGCGCUACUUUCCGCUGGGCGGGACAAGACCGUGAUUGUGUGGGAUGUACGGACAUUUAAGACUCGCCGAAUCAUUCCGGUCCUUGAAAGUGUUGAGGCUGCUGCCUUCGUUGCAGAUACCGGACUCUGCUUGGUCGCGGGUGAGAAUGGAAAACUGCGCGUGUGGGAUUGCAACAGAGGCGGAGAAGUAACCCACGAGCAGGAGGCUGGGGCCGAAUUUGAAGCAGUGGUGGCCAUUCAAUACACGCCGGGCAUGCCGUUCGCCAUGACCGUGCAUGCGGACCAAACAUUGAGGCUUCACUCGCUCGAGCCUCUGUCGAACUUCAAGCCGGGGACUUCCCUAGAGCCUCUGCCCGUCAUCCGUCGUAUAUCAGGUAAUGACGACGACAUUAUCGACCUUGCCUAUGUCGGUCCGGACCGGUCGAUGCUCGCUCUGGCCACAAACACAGAGAGCAUCAGAGUGGUGUCCAUUGGACCCUCGGCUGAUCGACCGUCUGGUAAAGAGGAAUACUUUGGUGCAGACGUCACCCAUCUUGAAGGUCACGACGACAUUAUUAUCUGCCUUGACGUGGAUUGGUCGGGUCAUUGGCUGGCCACAGGUGCGAAGGACAACAGUGCCCGUCUGUGGCGUCUCGACCAAAAGUCAUCAUCAUACACUUGUUUCGCCGUUUUAACCGGUCACGCUGAAUCCCUGGGUGCAGUCAGCUUUCCUCGGGUUCCACCACCUGCGAACACGCCUGCGCGGGAAGAUCCUCUGAACCAUCCUCCGGCGUUCCUUUUGACUGGCUCUCAAGAUCGUACCAUCAAACGUUGGGACACAGCUAAGCUCCCGGCGCUCGCCUCUUCCAAUCCUCAUACGCCGAAGGCUGUCUACACUCGUAAAGCGCACGAAAAAGACAUCAACGCCCUGGAUGUCAAUCCGUCAUCCACGCUUUUCGCUUCCGCCUCCCAGGACCGUACCGUGAAGAUCUGGUCGAUCGAAGAAGGGUCUGUCAUCGGAGUGCUUCGCGGACACAAGCGAGGAGUAUGGUCAGCACGUUUUGCCCCGAAGGGAACCCCUGUUAUCAGCUCCAACAACCAGAGCAGCACAAACAGGGGACUUAUCGUGACAGGAUCGGGUGACAAGACCGUCAAGAUUUGGAACUUGUCUGACUACAGCUGCCUCCUGACCUUUGAGGGCCAUACGAACAGCGUUCUCAAGGUCUUAUGGCUCCCGCCGUCAGACCUGUCCACCAAGGGAGAGGUUGAAAAUGAUGAGGAGGAAGCAGGACCUUCAGCACGUAAAACUGCUGUCCAGGCACGCCCUCUGGUGGCGUCCGCCGCUGCUGACGGCUUGGUCAAGGUCUGGUCUCCGUACACAGGGGAGCUCGAAACCACGCUCGACAACCACACAGAUCGUGUCUGGGCUCUCGCAAGCCCAACGCCAUCCGGGUCCCGCGAUGACGUUGUGUCUGCGUCUACCCACAAGACCUCCUCCCCCUACGCAAUUGCUUCUGGCUCCGCCGACGCCACGGUGACCUUCUGGACUGACACCACUUCUGCCACUUACACGGCUAAUGUGAACGCGAAUGCCGCGCGCAUCGAGCAAGAUCAACAGCUGGAAAACUACAUUCGAGCCGGAGCUUACCGAGAGGCAAUCACAUUGGCCCUACAGCUCAACCACCCAGGACGGCUUCUUUCGCUCUUCACGGCUGCCAUUGAUGCCGCCGACGAUCCGUACGCCACGGAAGCACAAAAGGCCGAACGCGCUAACAGUCUGACGGGUGAUCCUUCGAUUGACGAAGUUCUCCAGACUUUGGACUCUGAAAACCUCCGGAACCUCCUGCUCCGGCUGCGUGACUGGAACACCAACGCGCGCACCUCCCGCGUGUCCCAGCGCAUCUUGUUUGCCUUGUUCAGAUCCUACCCAGCGUCGACGUUCAUCGACCUCGCUACGUCGAGCAUGGCCAAACGCAAGGAUGGACGCACUGCAGCCGGCAUGAAGGACAUCCUGCAAGCCCUGUCCUCGUACACUGAGCGGCAUUAUCGCCGGAUCGAGGAGCUGGUCGAUGAGAGCUACUUGGUCGAAUGGGUGUUGGGUGAAAUGGACGGUGGCGUCGGUCUCGGAGCCCUCGGCGCUCCAGGCAUGCAAGAUGAGGUCCCCGAGCAUGAGAAAGAUGUGAUCAUGUUGGGUGUAUAG